AUGACGGCGUCCAACAAGAGAAACCACAAAGAGAAACCAAUUCGCCGCAAAGAAGAAAAACCGGAAGAACCGGAAGUGCCAAAAUACAGAGAUCGAGCUAAGGAGCGAAGAGAAGAUCAAAAUCCAGAUUAUGAACAAACUGAACUUGGGUUUCAUGCAGUUGCUCCACCUGGUACUGUAGAUCUUCGGUCAUCUGAUGCGCACAAGUUAUCCAUUGAGAAGAGCAAGUACCUUGGAGGUGAUGUGGAGCAUACUCAUUUGGUCAAAGGUUUGGAUUAUGCUCUGCUGAACAAAGUAAGAAGUGAGAUAGAUAAGAAGCCAGAUGCUGGGGAUGAUGGUGAUGGGAAAUCCAGGUCGACAAAGGAAGAUCAACAAGUGUCAAUUCGCACAGCAACUGCAAAGUCAGUUUAUCAGUGGAUUGUCAAGCCUCAGACAAUCAGUAAGACAAAUGAGAUGUUCCUCCCUGGUCGAAUGACAUUUAUUUAUAGCAUGGAGGGUGGAUAUCAUCAUGAUAUUCCAACAACCUUGCAACGUAGUAAAGCUGACUGUCCAGUGCCAGAGGAAAUGGUUACAGUUAAUGUGGAUGGAUCUGUUCUGGAUCGAAUUGCUAAAAUAAUGUCAUAUCUUCGACUUGGAUCUUCCGGGAAGAUUCUAAAGAAAAGAAAGAAGGAAAAAGAUGCAAAAGGGAAGAUUUUGGCCGUUGGUAACGGAUAUGACAAAGAGGACAAGGCAUCAAAGGUUGAAGUUGGAGCUAGAAAUCAAGCUGAAAAAGAAAUAAUCCCACCUCCUCCACCUCCUAUUAAGAAAAAUCCUCUUCAUACAAGAGAGAAACAAGGCCCAGCGGUUGCUAGAGCAGAAGAUGAUGACAUUUUUCAAGGUGAUGGUGUUGACUAUGAUAUACCUGGUAAUGACUUGAGCCAGAGUCCUGUGUCCGAGGACAUGGAAGAGUCUCCUAGGAACAAAGAAAAACCUUCGUAUUUCGGAGAACCUACUUAUGGUCCUGUCCCACCUUCAAUGCUUCCCCAAGGGUGGCAAGAAACUAAUGGAUAUGAUGUAAUGCAAACACAAGCCUUGGCUGGUGGUUACCAAGGAGAGUGGCAGGAAUACCAGUAUGCUGAACAACUUGCUUACCAAGAUCAAUAUCUUCAGCCAAAUAUGCAGACUUAUGAUGUGCAAGCAGGUAUAAAUCUUCCACAAGAUCCCCGUUUUAUGACACAAGAAGAGAAGGAUCGAGGUUUAGGAUCAGUGUUUAAGCGAGAUGACCAGAGACUUCAACAACUGAGGGAGAAAGAUGCUCGUGAAAAAGAUCCUAACUUCAUCUCGGAGAGUUACUCGGAAUGUUACCCAGGAUAUCAAGAAUAUAACCGUGAGAUAGUGGACAGUGAUGAUGAAGACGACUUGUCCAAAAUGGAUAUGGGUGGAAGGGCAAAGGGUCGCCUUCAUAGAUGGGACUUUGAAACUGAAGAGGAAUGGGCAACUUACAAUGAGCAGAAGGAAGCAAUGCCAAAAGCUGCAUUCCAGUUUGGUGUGAAGAUGCAAGAUGGCCGGAAGACCAGGAAGCAAAACAAAGACCAGAAGCUCAAUAAUGAUUUGCACAAGAUCAAUAGGAUACUUGCCAGAAAGAGGAUGGAAAAGGACACAAAUGGUGAGGGGGGUUCCCAUUAUGAUGAUGAACCCACGACACCUGGAAAGAAGUUCCGAAUUUGA